AUGAAAUUCACCAUUCUCUUAUUCAUUGUAUUGUCAAUAUUUGCAAUGACCGUUUCUGCCAAACCACAAUGUUCCUUUACUUGUGGCGAUGGUUCUAAAGUUACUCUUCCAGAUUUGAUUCAAACCAAAGAACAUUGUCAAUUGGCUAUUGAAUUAUCUGAAUGCCCAAAGAUGAAUAUUCCAUCUGGAAGAUGUAUCCCAUGGUGCCCACCAUGCAAUUCUUGUCCACCAAUGGAUAAUUUGGAAAUUGUUUCCUAUUCCUUCUCUGAUGAUCAAUAA